AUGCUGCUACCGUUCCGCGGGCUUUCUCAACGACAAGGUGGCUGCCGUGGCUGCACGAGAGAUGUUUCUGUGAGAAGCGCCGUGCCGUGGCGCGACGAGUUUUCAUUUCCCUCCUCUGCGCGACGGCCUGGCCGCCGCAGAAAGGGCCCGAGAAGAUCAGCCAAACAGAUCCUGGAGGCUCUUUUGGGCUUGGGACCCCAUCCUCCGCAAGCUGCCGUUUUCAGCGCUUGCAGGUUUGGCCUGGCUUCCUGGGAGAGAAAUCCCAAGGCGGCCACCACUGUCUUGGCAGGACUGGCCAAGCAUGGGCGGUGGGACGUUGCUUUGAAGGUUAUCCGCUUCAUGCAGCACCACGACCUCGAGGUGAAUUGCUUCCAUUUCACAAGUGCCAUCAGUGCAUGUGAGAAGCGAGGGAAGUGGGAGAUAGCCUUGGCACUUCUUGGCGGCAUGAAGCAGCAAGAGGUUUAUCCAAGCCAGGUAACAUACAAUGCCGCAAUAAGUGCUUGUGCCAAAGGGGGUGAGUGGUUAGCAGCACUCCAGCUCUUGAAGGAAUUGCGCCUGGACGGAACCAUGGAUUCCGUAUCGUACAAUGCAGCCAGCAGCGCGUGUGCCGCUGCAGGUCUCUGGAAUUCGUCUCUAUCUCUACUGCACGACAUGUACAAGUCAACGGUGCCACCGAACGUAAUCAGUUUUAGCACUCUUCUCAGUGCAUGUGAGAAAGCUCAGCAAUGGCGAAUGGCCAGUCACAUCCUGUUUGGCAUGCCAGCGCAGUCACUGAUGCCAGAUAAGAUCUGCUACACUGCGGUCAUCAGUGCCUGUGAAAAGAUGAGCGAGUGGGAGCAGGCCCUCGCAUGCUUUGGCCACAUGGAAAUACGAACGGUGGAGAAAGACGAGAUCUGCUUCCACAGCGCGAUCAGCGCCUGCAUACGUGCUCGUGCUUGGAGCAAGGCAUUGAGCCUUGCUUUAGAUAUGGAGGCGGUGCCUCUGCAAGUGAAUGGCAUUCUGUGGGGUGGCGUGGCCAGUGCCAUGCAGCAAAGUGGCGGUCCUGUCAUUCAGCUGACCUCCUGGCUCUGCAGGGACUGGGCACAGCAGAACGCUCAGAACACUCAGAACACCUCACGCUCGCACACCCAAAAGGCUGGCGGGGCCGGCGAGCACGAGGUGCACGUGCUCUGUCAAGGCCAUGGAGUGCUGGCCGCUUUCAAGCCCACAGGGCUUAGCACCGAGGCGGCCCUGCAGAGACUCUCGCAUCUUCUGGGCAAAGAGGGCCAUCCUGUGCCGCUUUCUCGUGCAUCACGACUGGAUGGUGCCACUUCAGGUGUCAUGCCUGUGGCCCUCGGAGAGUCUGGCUCGCCGGCUUCGAAUUGGCUGAACUACCAAUUUGCGGCGCGGAUGGCCGAUUGGCGACAGCUUGAAGUUUCUGACUUUGUUGAGGCAACCACCCACACACCCACACCCUGA